AUGGAAAUCAUCAUCGUCGGCGCCGGCAUCGCCGGUCUUAGUGCAGGCAUUGCCCUUCGUCGAGCAGGGCAUAGAGUAACGAUUCUGGAGCAGUCCGCGCUGCUGCAAGAAACUGGAGCGGCCAUCUCUAUAGCGCCGAAUGCAUCACCGGUCCUCCGCAGCUGGGGCUUCGACAUUGCCAAGUCGGGCAUGGUUGCCAUCAAAACCGGAAGCAUCCUCAACGGCAGCGACAUGCAAAUGAUGGUGCCUAACUACUACGCGAAUAUUGCGGAGAACUACGGUUCUCCCAUUUACGCAGUACACCGCGUCGAUCUCCAUGACCAGCUGCAAACGCUAGCAACGGGAGAGGACGGGCCAGGCCGGCCGUGUAAGUUGCAUGUUCGUGCCGCGGUUGUUGACUAUGAUCCCGUCAAUGCGAGUGUCGUCACUAUCGACGGCACGACUUGGCAGGCAAACCUGGUCAUUGCAGCGAACGGAGUGCACUCGACCGCGAAAGAACAUGUCAUUGCUGCAGACGAGAGCCAUGAGAGUGACACCGGCUGGGCAACCAUGCGAUGGCUUCUGCCAACAGAGGAGUUGUUGGCGGACCCGGAGACGGCGUCUUUGGUUGAAGACUCUACGCAGAGAUACUUUAUGGGCGCUCGAGGUGGUGGUUUGGUAUGGUACAUGUGCAGGAACAAUGAGGUGCAAAAUUUCCUCUACCUCUCACAGUCAUUCGCGAGCGAGAGCAUCACGGAAGAUUUCCAAGCAGGCAUCGAGCCAAGCAUGGUGAUGGACUAUGCCAAGCAAGAAUUCAGCCCAGCCCUGCAAGCCGUUCUUGCGAAAGCUAGAGACGUCAGAUUUUGGAAAUUGGUUGCUCGAAGCCCAUUGUCUUCGUGGCGUAAGGACUCUCUGGUUCUGAUUGGUGAUGCCGCCCAUCCCAUGCUUCCUUUCCAAGCUCAAGGUGGUGGGCAAGCCAUCGAAGAUGCUGCGGUCCUCGGCAUUCUACUGGAUCAGGUCCAGGACAAAGCCACGAUGGAUGCGCGCCUUGGUCUUUUUGAGACGGUCAGGAGGGGUCGCGGCUCUGCAAUCCAGACGCUCUCCAACUCUGGCCCUCCAGUUCCCCAGAGCGUCCGCGAUGCCGCUGCCGAGUAUCUCCCCGAAGGCACGAUCUUGCAGAACCAGGAUGAUAUCGUCGACCUCCUGUUCUCUUAUGACGUGAUUGGCAACACGAAGGCCAUUCUUGCGGCAAGUCCAGCUGAGCAAGAGAGGGAGUCGGAUGAGAUGCACAACGCAGGGGCAAAGUUGUGA